AUGUCAUCCCAGUUUAUCGAUUCGCAGGUGGAAGACGAGGAGGGUGUUCGCAGGCGCCUUAUUAGCUUCUAUGAAAGACACAACCCACGGCAGCUCGAGUACAUUGAUAACAUAAUUUUUGCAUACAAGGGACACUGGGAUGAGCUUUUUGUUGACUUGGCGGCAAAGUACGAGCAUGAGUUUUGGCCAACUGACACGGCGAAUGAGUCCUGCUCUUCUCCCUCCAACCGUGGUCGUUCUGCAGGCAUUGAUUCCUCUCCUGGCAGCUUAUCUUGUCAACCAUCAGAUAGGUCUGUCGGUUUUUCCUCCUUUAAGCUUCUUGACCCCAUGGAGGUCGUUCAAAGACGACGAAGCGACGGGAGAAGGGUUGACAUUCAAAAUGGUUCAUUAGACAUGAUAAAUGAAAAACCCAGCAACAACAAAAAGAACAACAACAACGACAACAACAAUCUAAAAGAACGAAAAUUGACGCUGUUGAGGCAAUCUUUGUCUGGUGAUGCACAGGAAGACAUCACUCGACGACUGAGGCUACAGCAAUUGUUUACGCGUUUUGCGCCGAGAGAGGUAUUGCGCAUGGAGGAGUUUAUGGCGCAGUACCGAGAAGCAUACAUGAUGGAUAUAAGUUCUGCCAGCGGCCAUCAUGAUGUUGUUACCGAGAAAGAGUGGCAGGAAGCGAUGAUUCAUGACCUUCUCCGCGAAUUUGACCCAAAUAAAAAUGGCAAUCGCGUUGGCUACAAGACCAAUACGAUUCAACGGGAAGUAUAUUUGAAAAAAUCACCAUCAUAUUUUGAUUCACAUGUGCUUUUCCCGUUUACUCCUGCCGAUCCGUUAGAUACGAAACCUUAUUUGGGGUCACGGCUGCUGCAAGAAUUCUGCGCUACAGAACCGAGUACACUCAAAGUUCAGAGGAGGAAAGAGAAAAACAAGAGAAUGACGUCUUUACCGUUUAUUUCCCAACUUCCCUUGACACCGAACAAGGAAGAGCGAAGGUGUUUUCAUGUAGAAACAUCUGUGGAUGAAUGGUGCGAACCGCCGAAAGAGCAUUUAUUUGCGAAUAAAAACAAAGGCCUUUUGGCAUCAGAACCAGUGAAAUUUUAUUGCGACAAUACCACUCCGAUUAGAAGUAUGAGUGAUGCGGAAAAGAUGAGGGAGAGCGAGGAGUUAAAUGAGAAUGGGGAUCUUCCGUUGUUAUCCAUCAUUCUGAACCAACAUACACAUGGGAAAAGGGUGUGUAUUUUGUUUUCUCAAACGCUUGAGGAACGAAAGGCGGAGGAAUUUCUUUUACGCCCGGCGGUGCGGCGCGCACUUGCUUGCCCGCUUUUGCAUUACCGUUUAUUUUUGUUAUUGUGCAUCUCAAUAGAAGCUGCCCAAGGCGGGGGUUUAACUCCUCAAGGUGACCCGAUCCUGGCAUGGUCUGGAGAGGAGACGCGGAUACCGUACUGGGAGCCAUCCCUUGCCCACCGUGUGCUUUGGCGUGGCUUACCUUCCCAACAAGUUGAUCAUACGUUUUUCCUACAGAAUGAAAAAAUUAUUGGCACACUGCCAUAUGAUCUCUUGGAUACCCUGCACGCGUCACGCUCCCUUGUCCGAACCGUUGGUUUGGAGUCGUUGUGGCGUGAUGAGGUGACAUUUGCUGAUGUUGUGGCGGUUCGUAUGCGGUAUUUUGCGCGUCGUUAUCCCACACUUAGGUGGUUAGUGCUUCGACCGUUUGCUUGCUUGCGUAAUAACCAAGAAUGUACUCAACACUUUAGUCUGGACGAGCCUCAAUGGCAAGGAUGGAAAAAAUUGAGUUCUCUCUUGUUUGUCGAUGCUGUGACGGAGCUAAUUCGUGUCUUUGGCGGUUUUAGUGAGCACUGCUGGGCAGAAUUCAUUGAGGUUUGGAAAAAGGACCGCAAUUUACUGAUGGCUAUCGCGGCAUUGCAGGAUGAAUUUUGCUCGCACAGUGGAUUAGAUGACAUUAGUGAGGUUUGCUCCAAUGAAUUUGGGGGAACAGAAAAGGAGGAUGUGUGUGAUUGGGAAAGUGGGAAGGCUUGUAGAAGUGGAAUACCGCGGAGCGUUUCAAUGUUGUUGUCAUGUACGGCAUUUUUGUGUCUUCAUUUUGGUCGGCCUUUUGGUGGCAUUUCAUGCGUGGACAUUUUUGCGACAUAUCACUGUCUUCGUGUUGCUGCAAUUGCUGAGGAGGAGAAUUAUAGACGACUCACGAUUCUCCGGGAGUGGGGGGAAGAAUGCGAUGCACUGCGCCACCUCGAAGUACAUUGUGCUGCGCGUGUUUCUCUACAGGAACGGGAACGUUGCCAACGGGGCACACUGGAAGUUCAAGAGUCCUCGACCAGGAUGGAACUUUUCCAGUCGGUGCUUUCAUGGCUCGCUCGGAGAAGCCAUGGCUGCUGCGGCUCCAUUGUGGCGCAGUCGUUGUUUGGCACGACGACUGUCACUGCAGUUGGGGCGUACUUUUCGCAACCCAUUCUGCACUGGCGCCGAGACACCAUGCAGCAGCGAAUUCAAGCGUUUUUUAGGAGCGCGUCGGAGUACCAGCAGCGUCUCAAUGACAGUUGA